GGUUUUUUGUCAUAUAUAAAUUAUUAAUUAAUUAAUUAAUUUAACGAUGAUAAUCAUGAUGAUGAUUUUGAAAAUUUUCUAAAUAUACAAAAUUAUGGCCGAUAACAUUAUUAUUGAUGACAUGAACACAUUUAUGAAUGACCCAAUCAUCAUCAUCAAUCGAUUUAAAUUAUUUGCCCAAAACAACAUAACGAUCAUUGAAGAUAAUAAUAAAAAUCGACUACAAUCAACAAUAUGACUCAAACGACAUAUUUUCUAACCAACGGUAAUAGUCUUGAAGAUUGUCAUACAAAUUUUUUCGCUUUGGCCGAUUUAUGCGGUAUAAAAUGGCGACAAUUUUCAUGUGACAAAAACUUUAAUGAUCUUAAUGAUGAUCCAAUAUUAUCAUCAUUUUCAAAAUGUAUAAAUGCCAAUCUUUUAUGUGUUUGGCGUCGUAUACGUAAUACAAAUUCAUCAUCAUUAUCGACAAAUACUCAGGAUCAUCCCCAUCAACAACAACAAUAUCGUGAUCUAAAUUAUUAUACAAAAGAAUUAUGGAUAUUCUGGUAUGGUGAUGAACCGGAUCUAAAAGAUUUGGUUACACCAAAUCUUAAAGAAGGUGAACAAGGAUCCUGGGAAAGUGGUCUUUCAUAUGAAUGUCGAACAUUAUUAUUCAAAGCAUUACAUAAUCUAAUUGAAAGAUGUCUACUAUCGAAAGGAUAUUCACGUAUUGGCCGUUGGUUUUUUCAGACAAAAAAUCGAUCACCACCAUCAUGUUACAAAGAAACAACAAAUCAAUCAUCAACAACAGCAGCUACAGCAAAUGAUACAUCAAUGAGUGAUAUUCUAAAAGAAGGAACACAGAUAACAUUUCGUUUUAAUUUUUUCCUACAUGGUGAUAGUAAUGUUUGUGCAAAUGUCGAUGUACGACAACAUUCAUCGAUUAGAUCAAUCACACGUGAUGAUCUACAUAUGGCUCAACAGAUUCCUGAUGGAAUGCAAGUAUUGCUAUCUCCAUAUGGCGUACAAGGCUAUCUAACUGGCUAUGUAUAUAAAGAUAAUGAUCAAAAUGUUCAGAAAUUUUUAUCCGAUUGGAAUAAGAUUUAUCCAUUGCCAUCAAAUACAAAUAAUUCAUCAUCAUCAUCGAAUUCUUCAUCAAGUGCUAAUAACAGUAACAAUAAUACAAAUAAUCAGCAAAAAAGUGCAAAAGAUAAAUCUACAUCAUCAAAUUCAACAUCGGAUAAUGAUCAUUUUGGAUCAGAUUUAUCACAAAAAGUAGUCGAAAUUAUUGUCGAUAAUUGUCGUUUGAAAUAUCCGGCAAGUUAUGUAUUUGUAACGGAUGUUGAUGCACAAAUAUUUCGUGCAAAACAUUCAUUUCAAUCUCCAACAUCACAGAAUUCAAAUAGUUGUCCACCACCAUCACCGUCGUCGAAUAUGAUGGAAAAAGCAAAAAAUCUAUUCGAAUUGUCCAUACAAUUACAAAAAGAAUCGGAUGAACACCUGGAACAGAUUAAAUUAAUAAUGACACCAUAUUAUAAUCAACAACCAAAUGAUAGUUAUUAUUUACGAAAAAAUUUCAAUCGAAUAAUGAAUAUUUGUGAUCAACGUGAUAGCGAUAAGAAAAAGAAACAAAAUGUAACAACAACCAUGACGGAUGACGAAGAAACAUUAUCAUUAUUAAGGCGUAAUUGUGAUUGUCCAAAAUGUAUGAAUCAAAAUCGUCGACAUUCAUCGAAAUUAUCAUCAUCAAAUUCUACUACAUCAUCAUCCCUAUAUUUAGCUAAUAAUCAGAUUGAUUCAAGGUCACAACAACAACACCCACAGCAAACGCCCAUAUCACUCCCACCGCCACUUCCAGCUCCUCCAAUAGUAAAAGAAGAAUCAGCAUUGGCCAGUUUAAUUGCUGCCAUCCAAUAG